AUGGCAGCAUCUAAAAAAUCAACAAAACAAACGACAACAUCAUCUACGAUACCUACUGAAUUUCGUCUUAAACUUCCACUAUCUGAUAUGUCACAAACUAAACCACGCGUAAUGUCAUCACAUCGUACAAUGAUUUCAAAUAUACCAAAAUCAUCUCUUAGUUAUCCAACAACAAUUCCACAUCCAACAGCACCAUAUCGUUUGAAUUAUUAUCAUCAUCAACAACAACAAGGUGAACGAUUAUUAUAUGUUGUUAAGGCACCUGUAACACCUCGUCGAAGUGCUUCAGCUCGAAUAUCAAGUAAUGGUUUUAAUACAUUACCACUUCAUCAGCAACCACAUUUAUUAGCAUCACCACUUUUACCACGUCCACAUCCACAUUAUGGUCAUUUUCUUGCAUAUCUUCGACGACAAUCAUUAGCACGUAUACGUCGUAAACAAGAACAAGAAGCAGGAAACAUAGAUAAUGUUGAAUCAACAAUAAAAUUUCAUUCAAGUAAACCAAUAGUACAAACAUUUCAAUCAACAUCACAUGCAUCUCUUAAUAUAGCAACACAAGAAAUAUUAUCAAUGCCAACAAUGUCUCUAACAUCAAAACGACGAACACGACCAUUAUCAUCUUAUCAACAUGUUCGACGUCCAUCAUCACCAAUACAAACAAAUUAUCGUUUAACUUUAAAUCAAUCACCGUCAUUAAGACAACCACCACCACCAUCAUCACCAAUACAACAAACAACAACAAAAACAACAUCAAAUGAACAAUUACACAUAUCAACAUCAGCCGUUAUUACACCAACAAAUUCAGUUGUUGAUGAUAUAGCUAAAUUAUCAACAGUAAAAGCUCCAUAUGAAUUGCAAUUAAGUGGUGACAUGCUUAAUUAUUGUUAUGUUAGUGAUAGUGGAGUUAAAUAUCAAGGACAAUUACUUUCUACACCUGUUUAA